AUGACGGAAAUGAAAACAGCAAUUUUGUCAGAUGAUGACCGUGAAAAAGUUGAUAAACUUCGUAAAUUGGUCCAGUAUGACCUAACCCGUUAUUAUGAUACGGAUUUCAAUUUACUUCGGUGGAUUCAAGGAUUUUCAGAAAAUAUUGAAGAGACUGGAGUCAAACUGAGGGCUCAUCUUAAGGCUAGAGCAUCGACUUGGAAGUUGGACGAGAUGAGUAAGGCACCGAGAGAGCAUCCGAUUCAUCGGCACUGGAGAUAUGGUAUCACUGGUCUCUCUGGAGUACUUGAAAAUGUUGUCGUCAACAUCGAGCAGUGUGGUCGUACAGAUUACUGGGGUAUGUUGCAAACGCAUUCCAUUAUUGAAAUCCUACGAGCAAGGAUACCCGAUUUAGAAAAUAUGUUAUAUCAUGUUAUGGAAGUUGAAAAAAAAACAGGAAAGCAAGCUUCGAUUUUAUUUGUGAUGGACUUAACAGAAUUAAAAUAUGAUACACGACUUUAUCAACUUGUUGUGGGACCACUUAAGUGCUUGGCUGAAUUCAUGUCGGAGCAUUACGUUGAAUUGAUAAAAUUCUUCGUUCUUGUCAACGCUCCUUCUUUCGUAUAUGCUUUGUGGACUAUUGUUAAACCACUUUUACCAGAAAAGACAAAAAAUAAAGUGCGAAUCUUAAGUUCAUCAAACUGGAAGAACGAAAUCUUGGAAUAUGCAUGCGCAGAAAGCUUACCUGAUAUAUGGAAUUCACCUGAUGAACCAAAAUUAUUCACUGCUAAAGUCUCACCUCCUAUCAAGUACCCCGAAAAUAAUUACUGGAACGCUAAAAGCAUCAAGGAUCCAAAGAAUCUGCAAAAAUUGAGAAUUGCUGCAGGUAAAAAACUGUUCCUUACUGGGAAAAUGAGGAAAAACGAUGUACUGAACUUUUGGAUAUGUGCAAAUAUUGAUAUGGGUUUUGGUAUUUUUCGUACGGAUGAGGAGCUGGAAGAAGACAUUUCCAAGAUGGAAACAAUUUAUCCUCUCUUCGGUUGGAUUCCAGGCCCAACUUUGGUGCCUUUAGAAGAUUCGAUUACAAUCCCCAAAUCUGGAUUUUAUAAAAUAAUCAUCUCUAAUGAAAAGGCAUGGUGGAAUACAUUGCUCAUUGAUUGUAAAUUCAGUGAGGCUUUUCAAUAA